UUUCCUGUGAGAAGAUUUUGCAAGAUCCGUCGUAUGUGAAGUAUCGUGCCUCGAACUAUUUUCAGGUUUUGAAGACAUUUGGUUCCCUGAAACUAGCUUAACUCUUCGUUAAACAGUCUGUACUAGCCUUCCAGGAAUGGGGUGCUGUUUCAGUGGCGAGGAGAGAACUGAUGGCUCUAGGCAAGCAACUGAGAGAGAUCCAUUACUAGGAGGAACAUCAACACCAAUUACCAAUGGACAGAGACCAGUUGAUGAUGUACUCAACCAUAGUUCUGGCCCAAUAUCCAAGACAGAUGAACAAUCAUUAUUAAGCAGAAUACUUCAUCAAACUGCACACAAAGUCAUAGAUGUCUCCUCAACGGAACCUCACAGUAUAGAAAGAACGGAAUACAUGGAAAGAUCCAGACAGUACAUGUCAAAAUUAUCUGCUGUUAAUGGUUCAGCACUACAUAACAGUUCCAAUCUUCCUGGUGGAGUGAAGGCACCUUCGUCAGUGUUAGCUAGUGAACCAAUACCACAAGGAGAUGUAGCAUUUGCAAUCCAAGCAGCCAAAGGAGCAGAUGCAUCAUUGUCUGGGUUCCAUGUUGAACAUAGAGAUGCCCUUGUGGUACAGUUUGAAUCAUCUUAGGAAUUUCUGAUGUUGUAGAGAAUGAAAUAUUUAUUGAAAUUGAACCUUCCAUUAUUGAGCCUACCAGUAAUUACAAGUAAUUUCCAGAGCAACUUACAUAAAAAGAUAAGUAAAAACAGUAAAAGGAGCAGGGAACAACUUUGGUUGAGCCUCCACAGCCUCCUGCCUCUCAGCUGCACCUCUUGCCACUCCCAUAGGGGCAAUGAAAACUAGUCCCAUGGAAUUUUUGCUGAACAGUAAUAGAUUUGAAACUGAUAGGAGUAGGUGCUGGACUAAAACAAAAAUUUGUCAAUUAGUAAACAAGAUUUUGCAUUCAAAGUGACCAUAAUUAUGGAUAUUUAAUUCAGAGAGUAAUUCUUAAUUGAUUGUCAAAAUACCUGUAGGCAGGGUAUGGGUUGGUUUUGCUUUACUCUACUCUGCUUUUUGGUACAGGAAACUUGCAUUGCUUUUUCAACUGAGCAUAUUCAAUAUUUAAUGGAAAAAUAUCUUGCUUACACUGAAUUUUCCUGCACUUUAAAUUUGUUAAACUUUUUGCUCUGAUUCCUCAAAGCAAUCUUGUUCUUUUUUAAUUUGAUUACAUGUACUUGAUCUUCAUUGUACAUCACCAACCUGAAAGGCAUUCUGCUCUUAUUUUAUGGGAUAAAAUUUUGAACAUGGUAAGGAAACCUUUUGGAACUUUUCAUGUGGUAAAAAUAUGACUCAUGAAAAGUUCAAAUUGCAAAGCAGGUUGGGAAGGAGGUGGGGUGAGCAAGGGAGAGAAGUGGAGGGGAGGGGAAAGGGGAGUGUGUCUCGCAGCCCAAAAAAGAUGGAAAAGAUGUAAACUUUAAGCCUCAGUGUGUUAUGGAAAUAUAUUUUAUGAGUAUUUCACUGAAAAUUACUUCAUAGGAUUUAGCAUGUCACACCUGGGAAUUGAUAUGCCGUGUUCAGUAAUGAGUGAUGCUACGUUGUUUUCUUGGUAAAUGUUUACAGGUAUUUCUUAAUUAAACUCAAAGCAAAAAUAGCAAAGAAAAAAAGAUUUAAGCUGUCAAAGAUAGUUUAGAGAGGUAUUCCGAUUUUCAAAAACAUCAAACAAUUUCCUGCUUGUAAAAGCAUUCUUUUUUUUAUCCAUCAACUCUCAGAGGUAAAGUAACUUCCAUGUGGCUUCUAAGAAUUUUAAUAAAAAAAUCCUUCAAAUUGGUGAUCAAAGUAAGCAGAUUUACAAACAAAGUGUUAUCCUUAGAGAACAUCAUAUGGUCCUAUCUUAUUUACAAGGACAUGUGUGGCAGCGGGGAGGGGAAAGUCAUCAAUCUCAUUUUAUGAUUUUAAGGGUUAUUGCAGAGCUUGCCUGGAUGUCAGGGACCAGAGGAUUUUGGUUGUAUUGCUGUAAAAUUUACUUGAUCCCCCUCCUCUCUCAGGUGAUAAAUAACGACUGGUCUUAGAAGGGGUGGGGGGUACUUGUGCAAAUCUACUAGAGUUGGUUUGCCAUCUUUCUCAUCUGUUCACCUUGGAAUCAUAACAUGUCAUUUCCUGUACCCAUUUCAAACCUGGUUACUAAAAUCCAUACGGUGCUACUUAUAGUCAGACCAUAAUCUUAAACUAUACCCUUUUGGGGCACCACUCACCCCUUUCCCUACCUCCCUUUCCCACCCCUCCCUUUCUUCCUCUUACACCCCCCCCCCCUUCAUACUCAUGUUAUCUGAGUGCAAUAGGAUACUUUUUGAUUUACCCUGAUACUAUAUAAAAUAUGCUGGAAUCAGCUUGCAUAAUCAAUCUCAAAAAGUCAUCGCACCAGAAAUAGAAAAGAAAAGGAAAAAAGAAUGAGGAAACAAAGCCACUGACUAUACCUAUAAGGGCAGCUAAAGCUGGGAGCCCUGCGGAAGUGCAUAGGGCCCUGUCCUGUAUCAGUUAGAGUGGCUUCGUUUUUUGUUUUUUGUUUUUUUUACAUGAAAACGUUAAUAUGAAUAAGGUUGUAAACCAAUCUCUGCAGCGGCGCAUUUUUACAUAGUGGGAUCCUUGUGUAGGAUUAUCAUUUAAACUUUGAAAACUGUAGAGUUAGGUGUAACUUAUACUGUUCAUAGAUUAUUUUGAUUAAAAAAAUCACACAUGGAA